UAAGCGUAAUCUGGCCACACUCCAGUCCGCCAGGUGGCGGUAAUACCCUCGGUGUGCGCAGACAACCGACGCUUGGAUAAAAAGGAAGGACACCGGGACUUCAUUAGGAAACACUGCUGAGAAGCAGCACGAUCAGCUCUCUGGUGAACAUGGGCCGCCACUUUGGAGACUUGGCCAAGAUCAGGCAUGUAAUCACAUACAGUCUGUCCCCAUUUGAACAGAGGGCUUUCCCCAACUACUUCUCCAAGGGAAUCCCCAAUGCGUGGAGACGGUUCACAUCUUCUUUCUUCAAAGUUGCCCCCCCAAUGAUCCUCAUGUACCUGACAUACAGCUGGGGCAACAGUGUCCAUCAGCAGGGCAAGAGGAAGAAUCUUGCUGACUUUGAGAAUGACGAGUGAUCUCCUGUCACCUUUCUGAGAGCUGCCCUAUGUUGUUAAUUCCAAUUCUGUAUGUUUAACCAAUAAAGAUGAAAAAUAUUUAAGUGAAAUCA